CAUUCGCAGCCACAUGUCGAAUAGUGCCUGGGAAUAUGGGCAUCUCUAUGUUGCGCGGAUGCCUUACCUGAUCCGAGUGUGUCUGGAGAGCAAAGUUUGAUUUUCUCCUGGAAGAUCUAUAUGCCAUCUGGAUAAAUUUAGGAGAACUGUAUUGAUCAAUUACGACAAAGACAUAUCGAAGGGCGGGUCGGGAGUGACCCGCUGGUGCUGUCAAGUGUAUUCGAGCCAAUCGACUUUCUUUUUGGCUGAAUAUAUUGACUGCAUAUCUAGCACUUUUUAUGUACUUUUCCAGGCAUCAUAUUUUCGAAACAAAAGGAUUGUGGAUGCAACAGCUCCAAUCCCGACACAUUAUACGCCCCCUACUUCCCACCUCUCGUGGCCAAGAUGUUCGACGGAGAAAUGGCAUCGAUGGGCUUCAACGUAUCGAUUGAAUCGUACAAAACACAAAUUGUAUCGUCUCAACCUUACCCUAAACCGGAGGAAGCCAACUACCUGGUCGCUAUCUUCUCGCACGGUCUUCAGGCUUCGGAAGUCCUAUACACGCAAAUCCUACAGGCUGUUGCUGACUCGGUUAAGCCGUCGCCUCAGGUUAAGAAACUUGCGGCGAGUAAUCUGGGAAGUGUUCCUGGUCUUUGUGUGAGAGAUAUUUUGGCGGAUUAUAUUACUGCUGCAGUGACGUUCUUUACGACGGGGGGACAAUCUCCACUUCUUUCUGGCGUUUCUGCGAAGUAUAAGGUGGAGUUUAAGAUGGAUGGAUGAUUAUACAUUAAAUUCUCUUUCCAUAAUACUAUAUUAAAAUCCUUCAGACAAUAAAUGAAUAAAU